ACGCUAUUGGUAAACUAUCCACAGCUUGUUCCCGCCCACCUCAGGAGGCGGUAAUGACAGCAUUCCAGUUUCCGGUUCCGGCAGCACCGGGAUCCGAGUCGAGAUGGAGGAAGAUGCGACCGGAGGCUCCCAGUCGCUGGGAACGGAGGGUCGAGCCGGGGCUGCGGCCUAGAAGUCCGGGCCUGGAGUGCGCCUCAGAAGCUCAGGAACCGCCGGGGUCUGAGGAGCCCCUCAGGCGCCAUGGAGGACAAACGCAACAUCCAGAUCAUCGAGUGGGAGCACCUGGACAAGAAGAAGUUCUACGUGCUCGGCGUGGCCAUGACGAUGAUGAUCCGCGUGAGCGUCUACCCAUUCACCCUCAUCCGCACGCGCCUGCAGGUUCAGAAGGGCAAGAGCCUCUACCAUGGGACCUUUGACGCCUUCAUCAAGAUCCUGCGGGCAGACGGGGUGACCGGCCUGUACCGGGGCUUCCUGGUCAACACCUUCACCCUCAUCUCCGGCCAGUGCUAUGUCACCACCUACGAGCUCACUCGCAAGUUCGUAGCCGACUACAGUCAGAGCAACACAGUCAAGUCCCUGGUGGCCGGUGGAUCGGCCUCCCUGGUGGCCCAAAGCAUCACCGUGCCCAUCGACGUGGUGUCUCAGCACCUGAUGAUGCAGCGCAGAGGCGAGAAGAUGGGCCGCUUCCAGGUGCGUGGGGGCCGAGAAGGACAAGGGGUUGUUGCCUUUGGCCAGACUAAGGACAUCAUCAGGCAGAUCCUGCGGGCCGACGGGCUUCGCGGCUUCUAUCGAGGCUACGUGGCUUCGCUGCUUACCUACAUCCCAAACAGCGCUGUCUGGUGGCCCUUUUACCACUUCUACGCAGAGCAGCUCUCGCACCUGUGCCCUAAGGAGUGCCCGCACAUCGUCCUCCAGGCCGUCGCCGGGCCCCUGGCUGCAGCCACUGCCUCGGUCCUCACCAAUCCCAUGGAUGUCAUCCGGACCCGGGUACAGGUUGAAGGCAAGAGCUCCAUCGUUCUGACGUUCAGACAGCUGAUGGCGGAAGAGGGGCCCUGGGGCCUCAUGAAGGGGCUGUCAGCCAGGAUCAUCUCGGCCACACCCUCCACCAUUGUCAUCGUGGUGGGCUACGAGAGCCUCAAGAAGCUCAGCCUGCGCCCCGAGCUGGUGGACUCCAGGCACUGGUAGAAGCCGCCCUGAGCCGCUUGUGCUUCCCUCACUACACCGGGAGGGGCGGUGGCGGGGCGGAGCCAGUGCCCUCCCCUGGCUGCCUGCGGGCUGGGCAGGGCGGCGCCUGUGAGCUGCUCUUGCUGGAGAGGUUCCGGCCUGGCCCGGCCCCAGGGUUUCCAAUCCUGAACUGGGCAGCCUCCUUGAGGCCCUACACCCCAUCCGGACCGAGGACCUGCUGGCCUCCUCUCGGCCCCAGCCCUCUCCUGCUUCAUCUCUUACACUUGCUUUUUUAAAAUCCGGGACUGAGCUGCUUCUCCCUGCCCCGUGGGGCAAGUGGCCAGGCAGUUUUGCACAGGGAGUGUGGCCCUGCAGGGCCCUCGUCCUCUAGAGGAGUCGUUCCGGCAGGGAGAAAAGUGAAGUUUCUUCUGUGUGCGUGUGCGCGUGUGUGUGUUCAGCAUCCGUGAACUAAGCUAUUGCCGUUGGAGCCUAUCCCUCCCUCAGGCAGGUAGCUUCUCCCCAGCCCUCUUCCCAUCCUUCCGUGUCCUUUCAGUGUCCCUUGGUCCCAGCAGCCUGAUCUGUUGGCUCCCCCAGGCCCAGGGGCCGGCCACGGGAGGCACAGGUCUAAGCGGAGCAGGCUGUCUGGGGCACUGCUGUGGGAAGUCUGGUGGAGAGAGCAACAAGAGGCCACGGGUCUCCGACCACUUCUCCUCAGGCCACUGAGCCAAGCCUAGGAGAGAGCGUGCUCCCCGCAGGCAGCCACGGCACCCGUGUUACCGUUGUCAGACUCUGGGCGGAGUUGUCUCCCAGUGGGAGUUUGUGAGGUGUGGAAUGCUGUUGUCCUCCCCUGGGUAGGAAGAGUCUUCCUAGUCAUGGCACUCAUGCUUGAAAGAGAAUAAAGAACAGUUCAGGACGUUACCCAAUACCAGGACCACUGCACUCACCAGCCAGAUACUGCCAAGCCCUCGGCAGCGCCUUCCUCGGGGCUGGGGCCUGGAGGUGGCUCCCCUUCCCCGCCUCAUCGUCCCCCUCCACCGCCUCCACCGAGCCUGUGUUGCGGGCUGAAAGCUGCCGUGCAUGAAAUGAGAGGAGGGCAGUCAAGCUCUGCCUUCCUGUUUGAGAUAUUUGGCCUGGACGAUCCUUAACCUUUUUAAUGGUCCCACUCUGGGAAAGGCCAUGGUGCCAAUUUGAAAGGUGCUAGCUACCUUGAAGCCUUGAUUUCUUAUGGCUGCGCCACAUACUUCCAUGCUGGCCAGGGAAAAAGCUGAGAACUGUAUUUCACUACCUUUGCCACGACCCUUCCCCACCUUGUCUCAUCUUUAAGGGUUUUUUUUCCAUUCACUUAUUUUUUCUUUGUCCCUCCGUGCACUUUGUCAAGAGAGCCCUUCAGUUUCUGUCACCAAUGGCCAUCCCGAGUUGAUCCUUCGAAUCUUCUGUCCGUCACUCACUUCUGCCUCAGAGCCACCUAUAUAAUAUCACGACAGCAAAGGCCCUCAAGCUUUUCCUGUUAGGACCGUGGGAGAUUGGUUUUGUUAGUUUCACAUCUUUUCUCUCCCAUCUUCCAUCUUUCCGCUCAGUGGCAAAGUGGGUGAAGAAGCAUGGACGGGCCGGGUGUGGUGGUGCAAGCCAGGAAAUCCCAGCACUCAGCAGUCUGGAGCAGGAGGGUCACGAGUUUGAGGUCAGCCACACAGAGUUCAAGGCUGGUCUGGAAGUACAGACAGCUGUGUUUGUCUCCCCGACUCCUUUCCUUCUGAUUCAUUUUCCCUGCACAGUAUUUCAGUCUUAGAGCUCACUCAUAUUGGUCCUCUCUCUCCCUCCCCUCCUCUCUUCCUCUUCCCUCUGUUUUAAAAGGAUGAUCUGUAUGGAACUAAAGAACUAAAGGGACUCCCGGCCCUCAUUUUCCCUUAAUAGUUUAGGGACUGGGAUUGGGUUUAAAAUAUCUGGGUGGCAACGGGACAGUGGACUUCUGUUUUCCUAAAAUUGGAGACCAAAGCAGCUGGAAGUUUUAAUGUGUUGGUUGGUAACCAAAACGAAAAAAAAAACAACAAAAACACAAAACUUGGAGAGCCUGGAGGAGACAGGCAACGUGAUCGGAGUGCUGAAGGACAAGGGAAAGGAAAUGCCGAUUCAUUUAAAAUGAUAAAAUGGACUCUUGUGAAUAAUGUAUUAGCAAAUAUUCUCUGUUGCACUGUACGAAGUCUCUGAAGUGUAAUUAAAAGUUUUUAUUCAGCCCGUGGGCUUUGGUUUGC